AUGGUGUUCCGCAUAAACAAGGAUGCGCACCACAGUAGCGCGACAUCGGCCCCCAAGGAAAGGAACGCUAACAAGGGGGGCAAGGUUUCCAAAGAGAGGGAUGGUCAUAGAGAUGGUCAAAAGGAUGAUCAUAAGGAUAUCCACGAGUGGUACAUCGAAAACAACAUCGAGGAGAAAAAAAAGAAAAACGAGGAAAUUGAAAGAGACAAAAAUGCCUACUUUGAAGAUGCAGAGGUGGAGAAAAACGUGGAGGAGUACAUAAGCGUCGUUUGCAGAAUAAAGAACAAUGUAAAUGAGAAGGAAGACGGAUGGAAAACAAAAAGCAACGAUGUCGAUGUUAUCAAAAAAGUAGCCCAAAAUAAGCUAGUCAUAGAUACAUGUCCAAUGGGAAACCAAAACAGUGGACUCAAUUUAGAGUACACGUAUGAUCGGGUUUAUGAUAUUGAAAAUAGCAACCAAAUGAUUUUCAACGAUUAUAUUAAACAAAAUAUAAAAAAUAUUUUUCAAGGAAUUAAUUGUAGCAUAAUGGCCUAUGGACAAACGAACAGUGGGAAAACGUACACCAUGUUAGGAAAUUUCGAAUACUUAAAUAAGUUGUUUCAUCUUUGUAAGGAGAACCAAAAUAACAAAAUGGGUUCUACAGUGGAUAAUGACAUUGCUAUCACAUACGAAGAAUUAACAAACUGUAUAUCGAAUGAACCAAACUUUGUGGGACUCAUUCCUCACUGUAUCAACUACAUUUUUAAUUAUAUUAACUACCACAAAAGUGAGAAGGAACCGCCGAAUGGGAGAAAGGAAUUUGUAGUCACCAUGUCCAUUCUUGAAAUAUACAACGAAAUAAUCUAUGACCUAAUCAGUGGUGAAAGUAACCUCUCAGUUCAUAUGAUAGAUUCGAAUAAAAACGAAUUCGUCAUUAAAAAUUUGAAAGAAGUGGAAAUAGAAAAUGUUAUUAGUGCCCUUCAUUAUUUGGAAGAAGGAGUUAACAACAGAAAAAUUGCCUUCACACAUAUGAACAAAGCUUCCUCCAGAUCACACCUUAUAUUCAUUAUAAAAAUAAAUAGAUAUAUUCACGCUACUAACACGGUGAGGUGUGGCAAGUUGUGUCUUGUUGACUUGGCUGGAAGUGAAAGACUUAAACAGACAAAGGCCACGGGUUCAGUCAAAAUAGAAACCACCAUGAUUAACAAAAGCUUAACUGUCCUUAGCAAAGUUAUAAACGCCUUGGCAGUCAUGCAAAUAAAGGAGAAAAUGGACAAGACUGGGAAAGAGAAACCGCCCGAUCAUGUGUCUCACCUUGGAGAAUCCUCCUCUCAAGCCCCUAACAAUGAUAAACCAGAUGCAGAAGAAUCUGCGGAGAACCAACACCACACAGAUCCUCACAAACAGAGCGUAUUCAAUCCAACUAAAAAGGCAAAGGUUCAUGGCGGCAGCACCCCCAGUAUGCAUAUCCCCUACAGAGAUUCAAAACUGACAAGGGUACUAUCGGAUAGUCUGGGUAAUAACUGCAAAAGUAUACUUAUCUGUACUUUAUCAUCAAAACUGCACUAUCUAAAUGAAACCGCCUCCACCAUAAAAUUCGCACAGAGGGCUAAAAUGGUGAAAGCCAAGCCAGUCGUGCGAGAAGAAAAAAUGGACACAAAGGAUGACAAAGAAAACUAUCAAAAUAAAAAGAAGGAAAAUGAAAAUAGUGUUAAAGAAAAAGCGCCUGAUAUUUUUCUGAACUUCAACAAAAACCAUAUUACCAAGGAUAUUAUUUUCUUCUCCUUUAGUCUCUGCAUUUUUAGCUACAUUUGUGGGUUCAAAAGUACUGGUAAAGUCAAGUAUUUGGACUUUUUCAUCGAAUCGUACAAAAAUAAAAUUGAUAUAAUAAGAGAGCAACUGUGUAAAGAGGGUACAGACACCAACGAUGUUAAUCAGUGCAUACUGAAGACAUUUGAUGAAUUGAAACUUCUGACGGAGGAGGAAAAGGAAAAGUACUUGAAGACUCAACAGGAGAAGGUGCAAAGUAACAACGUAGAGGAACUACAACGUGUGGGAAAAAAGCACAACCACCUGCAGAAAAUAAUUGGGUAUAAAUACCUUGGGCAGGCAGCCAUAACGGAUGCAACGAAUGGAACAAAUGGAACGAAUGCAACGAAUGGAACGGAGGGAAAAAUUGCACCUGACGCACAGGACCUAAGCAUGCUCAAAGGUGGAUCUCCCCUCGAAGAAGAAGAAGACGCACUAAUCGGAGAUAUCUUAAUAAAAAUGAAAAACGACAUCUGCAACAUUCUAAAAUUCAACUUAGCUAAUUUGAGGAGCAACCUAAAGGAAGAUGGGCAAAUGUUUGACGAGAUGCUUAAUAUUGUAAAUAGCGUGAAGGAAAACAACAACAUUUUUCUUCUGAACGAGUUAAAUCACCUUAGCAAGGUAGAUGCCAAGGGUUAUUACCCGGAUGGAAAAAAACAAGUAGAACAAAGUGAAGGGAAUAAUUCACUUUACAAGGAAAUAAGUCAUCCCACACAUGAUCCCUCCAACCAUGGAAAGGGAAAGGCAAAUGGAAAGGAUAAACAAUCCAUUUCGGAUAGGAAAGGAGAUCAUAAAGGAGGGAAAAAAUGGCUUCGGUGGAGAGGAAACCACGUAGAAAAAGAGGAGGAAGUAGAACAGCAACAAGAGCAAGUGGAGCUAUACCAACCUGAAUACUUUGCCAGAAACAUCUUGAGUGUACAGAACAUACAAAACAUAUUCGAGUACGUAAAUAAUAAUUAUACUAAAUUUAUUAGCGACUUCACUACAGACAAAAGUACCGUAUUUACCAACUUCGAUUUGAAGGAAAAUCUAGAUAGACAAAUAAUUGAAAAAAAUAACACCAUAUAUAAUUUCAUCCACUCCGCUACCAUGUUUCAACAUAGUGGGACUUUAAAAGACCUUAACAGUAACUACUUUUUCAACAAAAUUCAAACGGAGCUCUUUAAUAAUUAUGGCAACCAUCAUAAUGCCAACUUCAGGUGCAUACACAGCAUGCUCGAGGGAACCGCCCACAAGGAAGACCUUGCGCAGAGUUCCAAGGGAGGGCAUAACAAGGCCGGCCCUGCCCAAGUUGCAUUCACAAACGAUGGCAAUAAUUUAUGCACCGAUGUGUAUGGUGCACCGAACCAGAAGAAGUACUUUUCCAUUAAGGAUAUCCAACCAGAGGAUCCUUCAGAUAUUGUCCACAUCACGACCGAGAUCAAUCAAGGCGUGAAAUUCGCCAGCAUCAAAGGAGGGGUGGACGGACAAGUGGUAGAAAAAACGGUUAAUUUUGUCGACAAGGAGAACCCUGCCAACCCUAGUGAAUUGCCAACCGGUGGCAUGACCCCAAAACAAAAUAAAAAGAACGAACAAAGCCCGCGCAACAAUAUACGUGUGUCCCAGAACAAACUUUCAAUGAAUGAAUUAGCCAACUUGAUAGAAAAUGAGGACUUCAAAAAAUUGUAUGAAUAUAUUACGGAGAGGGAUAACAAAAAUGAGGGAGUUCAUUUUAAUGAUGGAGAUGAGGCUUCUCAUGUACCCUUCAAAGCACUCGAAUCCAGGAUCAAUCAAGAAAUACAAAAAAUAAAUGACUACGUGACAGUGGAAAUAUCCCCUGUUAAUGGGGGCAGAAAAAACAAGAGCAGGAGCAAGGUAAGUUGGAAGAAAAAUGGACGCCCAAGCACAGAGGUAAAGCCUUACUCAACGGAGAUAGCCAAAAAAGACGAGUGGAAAAACAGCAAAGGGGAUAAUAAUGGUUACAGCACUGGUCAUCAAACAUGCGAUGGCGCACCUGUCCAAAUUGGAGAUGCCUAUCAAAAUUACACAGACAAAAAAACACCGAAUAACUUCAAUCACACACAUAUUUCAUACUUGGAAAAAAAAAGAACCACGAAUUUGUUCUUCCAAAAAAUUAUCAACAUAAUUAAAAACAUAUUUCAAAAAAAAGAAUACCCCAAAGAACCAAUCGAAAUAAACACAUCCGACCUCAUCGAUAAUGAGCUCUUCUAUAACAAAAAGCUUCUUGAAAAAAAUUUGGAUUCCUACAACAUUAGAAAUUUUCAAAUAAAUGAUAAAAAAAUAUAUCUGCUCAACGAGUCGGAGUAUGUACACCUCAGGGAUUUAAUAAAUUACAAAAACAAAAUGCUCUCCUUUUUAAAUUACGAAUAUAGAAAGUUUAAAAUGUCUCUGUCGUGA